UAUAGUUAACUUAGCUAGCUAACACUUGGUUUAGAGGAGAUGGAUAUUCAUACGCUAAAAAACAUUAGCGUCGCUAGCUGCAUUACCUAGUAUAGUAACCGUAAUGUAAUUAGUUAAAUUACGUUGUAUUGGCCCGCUGAUGGUAAAGAAGUGUCACUGAUGAUAGUGAUGUAGACGAACGCUUGACUCUUCCCCAGGUCACCAUGAAGCCCACCCGAGGGUCUGAACGGGCCUCGACGAAAGGACCCAAAACAAGCAGGAAGAGGGGUCAGAAGGGGUCACAGGAUGGGGGACCCAGCAGAAAGAAGACCCAAACCCAACAGCAAUGCCAGAAGAAGCGGGUGGGAAAUGAUGCUGCUAGGAAGGUCAAAGGUCAAGAGAAGUGGACAUUGCUGCCCAAGACCUCCAUUACAGCUCUGGAGAGCAUUUUAGAUUUGUCAAUACUGUCUGCUCUUACCAUGAGAAGGAAGGACAAAGAUCAAUCUCAGAGUCACCUUAACCAAAUGAAGGAUAGAUUUCUGGCCAGCUGUGCGCAGCUCAAAGUGCCCCCCCGGAACCGGAAAGUAGGUGGCAUGCUCCAGGUGUCCCGCCUUCACCAAGCAGAGAGCAAGAAGACUGCAGUGGGCAGAAGAACCCUACAGGCGCUUGAGGAUGAGGUGGGCUCAGUAGUUGGGGCUCUGGAGCAGAUAGAGGGGAGGAUGGAAAAUUUGGACGAGGAGACCAGGAUUCUGAGACGCAAGCUGGAGGACGAAGAGGAAGGUGCCCAGGAGAUCCUGCAGCUGUCAGGGAGAGGUGUCCUGAACCUGCCUGCCUUGCCCCCGCAUGUGACAAGAGAGCUCCCCUUGCAGGAGCGGAUGGUGAAAGACCCUGAUGUGGCCGCCCGUCUGGCAUCCGUGCUCCAGAGCUCAGGGGAGGUGAGAGAUGUGAUGGCCUUCCUGGAGCUGGCACACAAACAGGCUGACCUUCUGCUCAACACUCUGGGACCCACAAACCCUGAGGACUCCCAUACCAGGAACAUACAGGGCGGUAACUAGCCCCCAGAAGAAGAACAGCCCUCCCUUAACUACUGUUCCAACCCUUAACUCUGAAACGCCACCAAAGCCACACGCCCUGCCCUUGUGACAUCACAACGCCUGUCCUGGUGCACCAAAGGAUGUUGACUCUGGUAUUUCUCAUUGCACAACUUUUUUGCAGUGCAUCUCUUCUCUUCAACAGUGAGAGUUAUGGUAUUAGCAUCUUUCAUAGUUAAAUUCAGGUAUCUCAAUCCUAGCUUGAUCUCUGAAUGUUCCAGGAUGAUAUGGCAGUGCAGCUGGAGAGAACUGUAGCUGUUUGUAUAGAAGUUUUCUUUAAGUUUAUAUUCAGAUUCAGUUUAUGUAUAACGCUAGAAAUAGUUUAGAGAUGAAAUUGCAUGAAGAACAAAUCACAAGUGUUUCGGGACUUUAGAGAUCUUCACAAAGCCUGAACUGAUGGAUUAGGUGGCACAUUUCUCAUUUUAUUUUUCUCAGGUUUAGGUGAUGACAGACCUUGGCAUCUAAGAACGAAAGGACUUUGUAAUAUGUAUCUUUACGUUAACUCAAUAAAUUGCAGCUGAGAUAUAACCUCCUAUAUUAAGUUGUUCUGUUCAUUCAAGUUGUCUU